AUGACUUUAAUAGGGGCUAUUUUAAAAAAAGUCACAUCGAAGGAAGUUAUUAAUGAGUCAACAAAAUAUACGUCUCCGCCACCUGAGAUAAAUGAGUCGUUGUUACGUAAAACACGCAAAACACGUAAACACCGGUAUUCUCAUAUUCAAUCUAUCGUGGACUCCUCUUCACCGCCCUUCGACGGACACAGAAUGCUUAGAAACCUUCCAGCGUGGCAACGACUCAUUCAGGACAUUUACUUAGAUAAUGUUAGAAUAAUCAAUAGCAUCAUUACUGCAUAUAUGCGUGGGCGACCUCGCGUAGUUCCAACAACAGAGUUAAAUAGAGAUUGGGUCAAAAAUAAGCGAGACAUUGUUCAUAUGACAAAGAAGAAGUUUGUACUGUUUCCUGUAAACGUGCAAGAUGUCAUGGAAGAUCCAUCUUUUGCUGCACCAGGAGAUGUUCUGCGGCCAAAGUAC